AUGAAAAUGCUCGACGAUUUACCUGCACCUCCUGCUUACCACGAUUUAGAUUUGGAGGCACAAACAAGCGGCGCCAAUGAGACGAGAUCGGAAACUGAUCGACCGCCAGAUUAUCAACCAGCUGAUGAGCAAUCAAUGGUACAAAUGAGAGCCGAUAUCGAGCAGAAAGAGUUACAAUUGGCCACUUUGGAACGACUUCAACUCGAGGAGAGAUUGAAAAUUCAACAAGAGUUAGAAUUAAUGCGACAACGAUAUUGUACGCUUCGUGGUGGUGGAAGGAGGGAUUCUUUGCCUAUUUUGUUAUCGAAUCGAUUCUCUUUACAAAUGCAUCAUCGAAUUUCUCCAAGUGGAUAUGGAAGAGGACGUCAUCCAUCGAUCUCUAUCCGACAAUAUCGUGCCCUUCAACGAACGAAUUGUCGCUUGAGAAUUUCAUUGAUAGUUCUUUAUGGAAUCACUUGCUUCAAAGUGGUUCUCGGAUUAUAUUGUUUUCAACUUGUCGGGAUGGCCGGGUUGAUCCCACAAUCGCCCUUGGUUGGUGGGCUCAGUUUCCUUACCGCUCUCCUCGGCAUCAUUCUCGGUUUCAUGGCGCUUCGAACACAGAAACCUUUCUACAUGCAACUCUUCUGGAUUUUACAGGUUACCUCUACAAUUUCCUCGACAAUCAUCUUGGUUUCGAACGAGAUUUUGUUCAUAAUAGCUUACAGUCAAAUGGAGGAUACACGUAAAGAAGAAAAGAAGCAAUUGCUAGCGGCGUUAAUUGUCGAAGUGACUGAAGAUCGGUUGGUCAAACCCGUGACGGACCGACAACAUACUAUAGAUGAAGUUGAUCCUGAG